UCCAAGCCUCCAAAGCUUUCGAACCAGGUUUUUUUCAUUUUAGAAAAAAAAAAAGGAAAACGCUCUUUGUAGUAUUUGCUUCUGUUCGACGAAAUCUCCAUGAGAGAUCGAAAAGGAUCAUCAGCCGCGGCGGCGAAUAGCCGACCUCCGCGAUCCUCCAAGCUCUCCAACCUCCUCCGUUCUGAACCCAUCACCCAAUCCAACAGUGAGGACGACCUCCCCAUCUCUACCGAGGCCGCCUACUUCUCCCAGCGCAGCCCCACCGCAACCUCUCCAUACACUCUUUCUCCCUGGAAUCCGACGGCCUCCCCCUUCGCCAAUUCCCCGUGGACUCUUCUCCCGCCUCUCUCCGACGAACCCCAUUCCGCCGGCCUCCUCGGCUCCCUCGUCCGGGAGGAGGGCCACGUCUACUCCCUGGCCGCCGUCGGCGACCUCCUCUAUACCGGCUCCGACAGCAAGAACAUCCGCGUCUGGAAGGGCCGCCGCGAGUUCGGCGGCUUCAAGUCCGGCAGUGGCCUCGUCAAGGCCAUCGUCAUCUCCGGCGACAAGAUCUUCACCGGCCACCAGGACGGCAAGAUCCGCAUCUGGAAGAUUUCCUCCAGAAACCCCAAGGUCCACAAGCGCAUCGGAACCCUCCCGAGGCUCAAGGACAUCCUCAAGAGCUUGAUGUUACCCUCCAACUACGUCGAGGUCCGGCGGCACCGCAACGUCGUCUGGCUCCGCCAUUUCGACGCUGUCUCCUGCCUCGCCCUCGACGAGGACGCCGGGCUCCUCUACUCCGGCUCCUGGGAUAAAACGCUAAAAGUCUGGAGGAUUUCCGACUCCAAGUGCUUGGAAUCGAUCAAUGCCCACGACGACGCCAUCAACGCAGUGGCAGCGGCGGGGUUCGACGGGCUGGUGUUCACCGGCUCUGCCGACGGGACGGUGAAGGUUUGGCGGCGGGAGUGGGUGCAUAAGGGAGGCGCCACCCGGCACGUGGCGGUUCAGACUCUGCUCCGGCAAGAGAGCGCCGUGACGUCUCUGGCGGUGGCAACGGCGGCGGGGGCUGUCUACUGCGGGUCGUCGGACGGGCUGGUGAACUUCUGGGAGGUCCGCGAUGGCGGCAUGCUGCUGACCCACGGUGGGGUUCUCCGGGGGCACAAGAUGGCGGUGCUGUGCCUCACGGCCGCUGGGAGUUUGGUCGUGAGCGGGUCGGCGGACGCGACACUGUGCGUGUGGCGUAGGGAGAAGGGCGGGGUCCACACGAAGCUCGCGAUAUUGGCCGGCCACGCGGGCCCCAUUAAGUGUGCAGCCAUUGAGGAGGACUGGAGCGUUGGGCCCAGUGGCCCACAUUGGGUAGUAUACAGUGGGAGCUUGGACAAGUCUGUCAAGGUGUGGCGGGUGUCGGAGCGGGCAUCUGAGGCGGGCAUUCGCACGCCGCAGCACGUGCGGGUCGAAUCCGAGGCGGGGCCUGGGCGGUCGCCUUUGCACGUGUGGGCGACCGGGGGCGGCGGACCCUAGGGGAUCGGGAGUUUCCCUCUUCACGUGCGAGGGGAGAGGGGGACAUACCGGAGGAGCAAUGGCAUUUGUGGGCCCCAAAAGGGCUACGAUUCAUCGGUGGGCCCUGCGUUGAAAGGGUGGCAGGCCAGCGUGCGAGUUGCCGUAUGAGCUCGUGUAAGAUAUUGAUUGGCUCUUUGUGGUGGAGGAAGACGUAUAUACUACCCAAAGAUGGCCUUUUGGUUUUUAAUGUACAGGUGAGGAGAGAGCGAUACACAAGGUAAUAAAUCCAGCCAACUUUGUGCAAGUUAACUUGUCAUGAUAGGGUGGAGUGGAUGCUAGGAAGGUUUGAAUGAAAACAAUGGCUAAGAUAGAAAUUUAUGUGAGGUUUGUUGAAACAAUGGAUAUUGUAUCGAAUAUACCAUUUAAUCUCGUUGCCGAAUCAGAAUAUAAUACUAUAUCUUCCUGG